AUGGGAAUUGCCAUUGAUGGACCACGGUGUACGAAGUCAAUGUGUGGUUGGAUGAAGGGUCUUCAACUCCAGGUUGCAUCUGAAAUGGCACCUGGACUGCAUUCCCAACAUUUUGAAAUGCACAAGCUGUCUCUGUCUAUCUUGCUAGUCAUUCUGGCCCUUUGCUGCUAUGAAGCCAAUGCAGUUGUCUGUACAUCCAUUCUUUCUGAUUUCAAAUUUCCCACACCUCCAGAAGCUUAUGAAGCCAAGUUGGAAGUGAAGAGAUUCACAGAUGAGAUCUCCUUUGGGAGCAGAUUGCAAAUUUCAAAAGCACAGGUAAUUUCUUUCUUCUUUGUGCAUAGAGGCUUAUGAUCAGAUGAACAGCCAGGAAGAAGGUCAGGGUGCUGCUCUUGGGGGGCACGGGUGGUGGAGGCACCUGUCUCACUGCUCACCUCUGAUAGGGUGACCCAUGGCCACAGGGUGGAUGAUAACAUUACACCUGCUGAGCUAUACCAAGACUGCAAGUAACGUCUGGGCAUGUUCCUCCUUCUCAAGUCACCUCUCUGGGUGCCAGGCUCCCCAUAGUGUCCUGAGGAGGAGGACACCUGGGGCCCCAUGCAGUGAUGUUGAAGGGC